AGCAGCGAAGAAGAAUGACUUCCGGAACACUGACUUCCCGUUAGCUCUCUAACGCUAGCUCGGUUAGCAUUAUCUACAGAGUAUCCUGCUUUCUAACCGGAGUCAUGAACUAACACCGACCCGUCCAACCACGUUCACUCCGUCACACGUCCCGAAGCUGUCAUUGAUCAGAAGCCCUGUCGGUCAGCCAUGUAUGCCUCUGGGAAAUACAGCUCACGGGGCCCUGCUCUCAUCCCGCGGAUGAAAACCAAGCACCGCAUCUACUACUUCACCCUCUUCUCUGUGGUGCUGCUUGGACUCCUCGCCACCGGGGUGUUUCAGUUCUGGCCCCACUCCAUUGAGUCUGCAGCUGACUGGACCCUUGAUAAACGCAGUGUUCACGACGCACCUCUGGUCCGCCUGCCUGUCUCCAGUCCCAUUCCUGAGAGGGGGGACCUCAGCUGUCGCAUGCACACCUGUUUUGAUGUGUACAGAUGUGGCUACAAUCCUAAAAACAGAAUCAAGGUGUACAUUUACCCUCUACAGAAGUUUGUGGAUGAAUUGGGUGUUCCCAUCAGCAGCACCGGACUGUCUCGAGAAUACAACGACCUGCUCAGUGCCAUCUCUGACAGUGACUUUUACACCGACGAUGUCACCAGGGCUUGUCUUUUUAUCCCAUCUAUCGAUGUGCUGAACCAGAACUCCCUGCGUAUCAGAGAGACUGCCCAGGCUCUGUCAAUGCUACCCAGAUGGGACAAAGGAAUGAAUCACCUACUUUUCAACAUGUUACCUGGAGGCCCUCCAGACUACAAUACUGCCUUGGAUGUGCCCAGGGACAGAGCGCUGCUGGCGGGAGGCGGUUUCUCUACAUGGACCUACAGACAAGGUUAUGAUGUCAGCAUCCCAGUUUACAGCCCCCUCUCUGCAGAUGUUGAGCUGCCCGAGAGACAGCCAGGGCCACGGCGCUUCUUCAUUCUGUCUUCUCAAACUGCCAUCCACCGAGAGUACCGUGCCGAACUGGAGCGCUUGAAGGAAGAAAAUGGAGAAGCACUGCUCCUCCUGGACAAGUGUAGCAACCUCUCCCAGGGUGCCGCCUCCGCACGAAAACGCUGCUACAAGGGGCAGGUGUAUGACUACCCACAGAUCCUGCAGGAGUCUUCAUUCUGUGUGGUUUUGCGGGGGGCUCGUCUGGGUCAAGCUGCCCUCAGUGAUGUGCUGCAGGCUGGCUGUGUCCCGGUCAUCCUCGCGGACUCCUACAUUCUGCCAUUCUCUGAAGUACUCGACUGGAAAAGGGCAUCUGUGGUUAUUCCAGAGGAGAAGCUAUCAGAGAUGUACACCAUCCUAAAGAGUAUUCCUCACAGACAAGUUGAAGAGAUGCAAAGACAGGCACGCUGGUUCUGGGAAGCCUACUUCAGCUCCAUGAAGGCUAUUGGCUUGACAACGCUCCAGAUCAUCAAUGACCGCAUCUACCCGUAUGCUGCACGGACUUAUGAGCAGUGGAACAAUCCACCUGUGGUGAAGUGGUCCAGUGUGAACAGCCCUCUGUUCUUGCCACUUAUCCCACCAAGAGCACCUGGGUUCACUGCAGUGGUGCUGACCUACGAUCGCGUUGAGAGUCUCUUCCGGGUCAUCACAGAAAUCUCCAAGGUGCCCAGCUUGGCUAAGCUGCUGGUGGUGUGGAAUAACCAGAACAAGAGUCCUCCUGAGGAGUCUCUUUGGCCAAAGAUCGGCGUUCCUCUCAAAGUCGUGCGAACCAAAGAGAACAAGCUGAGUAACCGCUUCUUCCCCUACGACGAGAUCGAGACAGAAGCUGUGCUAGCGAUCGAUGAUGACAUCAUCAUGCUGACAUCUGAUGAACUGCAGUUUGGCUACGAGGUAUGGAGGGAGUUCCCCGACAGGCUGGUGGGCUACCCAGGCCGGCUGCACCUCUGGGACCAUGAAAUGGGGAAGUGGAAGUACGAGUCGGAGUGGACCAACGAGGUCUCCAUGGUUCUAACUGGAGCUGCCUUCUACCACAAGUACUUCAACUAUUUGUACACAUACAAGAUGCCAGGAGACAUCAAGAACUGGGUGGACGCUCACAUGAACUGUGAAGAUAUUGCCAUGAACUUCCUGGUGGCUAACAUCACGGGCAAAGCCCCCAUAAAGGUGACCCCCAGGAAGAAGUUCAAGUGCCCCGAGUGUACUGCCAUUGAUGGACUGUCCCUGGAUCAGACGCACAUGGUGGAGAGAUCUGAGUGCAUCAACAAGUUUGCAUCAGUUUUCGGUACAAUGCCUCUGAAGGUGGUGGAACACCGUGCCGACCCGGUGCUCUAUAAAGACGAUUUCCCAGAGAAGCUCAAGAGCUUCCCCAACAUCGGCAGCCUCUGACCAGCCUGUAACAGAUGUUUGAACCCGGUCACAGCCUCAACAUUUCAACAUUUGUCUUUCAUAUCAAGACUUCAGUAUUCAGACUAAAGUGGUACAUACUCCUGUCACUUCUCAGUUCAAGUGACUUUGGAUGGUGAUGACAAUGUUUAUUUGACUUAGAGUGAAAGAUAUUUUCAAACAUUUACCGAUAUGAAUGCGUAGACUAAUGUUACAUGACCUGCUAUUGGAGGGUCACCCUGAGUCUGAUGUUUGAUUGACAGGCUUGUGGUUCCUCACUGUUACUGUUAUGGAGCUGGAAACGCUGGGCUCCAGCUGCUCUGGAAUCAGCGUAUACAGUGUAUAUAGUUGUAUUUUGCAGCAGUGCUGUAUAUAAUAGUCAUAAUUUAUGAUGCUCCAACCAGGAUUUUUUUUUUUCUUCUUUUCAAAAGAUGACACGGACCUGACUCUUUUAGCUGCACUGUAUUAAAAGUAACACAUGUUUAAUUGACAUGAUAUAUAGUAAAUGAUUCAAUUACAUAUCUAGGCUGUAUCUAAUGGUUAAUUAAAUGUGAUAAUACAGCAUACAAUAACAUGAUGUACAGUAAAUGUUUCACAUAUGUUCUGUUUUAAUCAGAUUGGACAAAGCUGGUACCAUAAAUCUAAUAUUUAGAGCGAGUAACUGCUGAUUUUAAAAGAUUGAUGCUGAGCUACUGGAACAUCUUGAACCGUAAUUUUAUACAGACUUAACACACACACACACACAAAAAAAAUAUAUAUACACUAAGUAAUUUAAUGAGUUGCAUAAGCAUAGUAAUUAUUUGUUUAUCAUGCAUUUCAAGACGCUUAUUGUAUAGUGAAUAAUAAACCCAGAUCCACACUUUUCAAAACAGAUGUGUAUAUACUUUUGAUGCAAUGCUUUGUUUUUUAUUUGCCAUUAUACCUGUUGUGUGUGUUUAUAUGUUUGUUCUGUUCAUCAUAGUUGUCCCAGCUGCAGUGUUUUAGGCUUUAACAUUGAGAGCCGUGCAGUCUUUAAGACGUUUGCCUUGUGAUGGUUUUAUUUGCCUUUUUUAUUAUUAUUUUCAUAAAGUCAGUGAAAUUGUUUUAAAUUUUUUGACUGAGUUUAUGUUUCUAAGUGUAUAUAUGACUUUGUUAUAAACAAUAAGUAAAGACCACACUAAAAUGUC